GAUUGACGAACUUUGACAACUGGUUAAAGUAGAAGGGGCGUUUGUUCGCAAUUUACAGGAAUAAAAAGUCGGACGCCAUUUUGUAAUUUCGAAUCAAUUAAUCGGUUCAUCAAAAUUUAUUCAGAACAUCUAUUUGAAAUUCGAAAGGUACAUCUUUGAAAUGUGUCUGUGAUACGUGAAAUUCAUUCUGUCUAACGGUAUUUAUUAUGUUUUGAGUUGCUUUGUUAGUACUUCAUAUACCCAAUAGUUAUCUAGUAUUAAAAGAGUUAAGUGGUAAAAAUGAGUUCCAAAGAUGAUGAAUACGAUUAUCUCUUCAAAGUGGUCCUAAUCGGAGACUCAGGCGUAGGAAAAAGUAAUUUAUUAUCAAGAUUUACUAGAAAUGAAUUCAACUUGGAGUCCAAGUCAACUAUAGGAGUAGAGUUCGCAACACGCAGUAUGAAGGUGGACGGUAAAACGAUAAAGGCCCAGAUAUGGGACACGGCGGGCCAGGAAAGGUACCGCGCCAUCACGGCCGCCUACUACAGGGGCGCCGUCGGCGCUCUGCUCGUCUACGACAUCGCCAAACACCUCACCUACGAAAACGUAGAACGCUGGCUGAGGGAACUCAGAGAUCACGCGGACCAGAACAUCGUAAUCAUGCUGGUUGGUAACAAAUCCGAUCUCAGGCAUCUAAGGGCCGUUACCACGGAGGAAGCGAGGACUUUUGCCGAGCGCAACGGCCUCUCCUUCAUCGAGACCUCGGCGUUGGACUCGACAAACGUCGACAUGGCCUUCCAGAACAUAUUGUCAGAAAUUUAUAGAAUUGUAUCACAGAAGCAGAUAAGAGAUCCCCCAGAAGGUGAUACCAUUCGGCCACAGAACGUAGAACCAAUAGAUGUUAAGCCUACAAUGAAUAGUGAUGGAGUUCGCAAACAGUGUUGCCAGUAACACUUUUUUUAGCAAUAUAUUGAACAACUAUUCAAACACAGAUUCUGCAUAUAUAGUAGUGAUUUCUGUACCAUUCACCAGUGGCUAUUUGUGUUGUUUUUUAUUGAAAAAUCUUGAUAUAAAUGUUGCCGAAGGAAGAGUGACGAGCAUCUAAAGUUGCUGCACAUUGUUUUUCGAGAUUUUUUACAUACUGUAUAUUUUGUUUAAGUUCAUAUUUAUAUUUUUGGUAUGUAAUAGGCUCUAUAUUUAGAUAGUGUUUAUAUUGAAAUAAUUAAAGCAAAAUUUAUGCUUGAGGCAUGUGAUUUUAAUCAAGAACAAAAGAAUUGUUUUUGUUUUGUUAUUUUCUUCCGGGAUUCUUCAAAAAAAUUUUAUCACAAGUAUCAACCGGCAUUUUCUUCUUAAGCUUCAGCAGAAAAAAUUAUAACAGAUAAGAUAUAAUGGAAAGUGAAUUUAAAUUGAAUAUCUAACUAAUAUUGAUUUUAAUGUACAGUUCUCCAUUAUAAUGCAAGAAAGAGUUUACCCCGUAUUUGGUACUAAAACAAAUUAACCUGGUUUUCUUGGAAUUUCACUUGUAUGUAUAUAAUUGUGGUGCUAGUUUGAGGAUCUGUAGGGAUUUCUUUGAAACAAACUGUAUUUAAAUGUACAUUGCGUACACGUCCAUUAUUGAGUUUUCUUAUUUCAGCCUUUGAACUCUUUCUACAUAACUGAUAUAUGAUGUAACAUAAGCUUUGUCUCAAAAGUUUUAUUAUAUUUAAUUUUCAAAUAAAAUAUGUAUAUUUAAAUGUG